AUGGUGUGUUAUACUUGUUUACGACAUAAUGAUCAUAAUGUUGUAUCAAGUUCAUUAGAAAUGCUUGAAAUUAUACUUGAAUAUUCAAAUUUAUUUGAUUUUGAUCAAUUAUUAAUUUCAACUCAAAUUGGAUCUAUAGGAAAAACUUGUGUUAGUCAAACAUUACAAACAGCUUAUUCAAUAUUAAUGAUUAAUAAUGAAACACGAACAUCAGCUGCUAAACUUGUUAAUCAAUUAUAUUUUUUUCCAAUUAGAUAUGUACUCAAUAUUGAUGAUAUUACAUAUAUUUUAUCUUUAUGUGAACACGGUGAUCUACAUUUACGUGGUGCAUGUGCAAAUUUACUUGUUACAUUAAUUCAAACAACAAUUCAUCUUUUAACAUUAUCAUCAUCAUCAAAUUUGUUUAAUAAUUCUUUUAUUAAUCAAUGUUCACUUGUAUCAACUGAUUCACAAGACAGUUCAAGAUUAGCUGAAUUACUUUCUACAUUUCGAUUAUGUCUUAAUGAUAAUAAUGCACGUGUUAUACAUGUUGCUCUGGCUCAACUUAUAGAUGAUAUUAAUUUUCGAAUAUUAAUUUAUCUUGAACACCAACAGUAUCCUGAUAUACAUGUUCGUCAAGCAACUGCUUCGACUUUUGCUAAGUUUGUUGAUUACAAUUCAUUUUUACCAUGUCAAUGGAUAUAUAAAAUUCACCAUUCAUUACACGUUCAAGCAUCAACUCGAAUACAAAUUGUUUGUUAUUUUAGACUAACAACUAUUUCACCAUUUUUUUUUCAUAAUCAAUAUGAUGCACUUCGUUUAUUUAAGAAUGAUAAAUAUUCAUCAACAACAUCAAACACAGACAAAGAUAAAAGAGUUAAUCGUACACAAUUAAGUACUUUUGGAUAUAAUUCAUCAAUGAUGAAAUUAUUCGAAUUAAUAUGUUCAUCAUAUCAAAUACAUAAAAGUUUCUUAAAUUCAUCUGAAAAUGAUCAUUAUUGUCUAUGA